AUGGACAGCCCUGUAGAAAAUGAGCUGCCAUUCAGUGUAGAAGGGACAGCCCUGCGAGUGGACAGCAGGAGCAGCCCAAAGGUAACAGGCCAGGAGGAGAGCGGGCCUGUCUGUUCCGUCCUUCUUGGCCUCUCUGGGCAGCAUUCCUUUCUCCAGGUCGUGGACCAGAUUCUCUUCAGGGAUGGGACCUUACAAGCCACCAUCACACAGGGCACGGCAGGGGGUUUCCCUACGGUCAGCCUCUACGGCCAGAAAGGCGUCAGGAAGACAAGGGUCAGACUUCGAGGCCUCGCCUGCUUCUCUUCCAUCGCGGCAAUAUCCUGUGUGCACAGACAUGGAGAGAACAGGGACACGACCAUCGACCGCUCGGCGCGGCGACAGAGCGCGGGGUGGCGCUGGCCGCCCCCCUUUGCAGCCCGCUGCGCCCGCCGGGCCGCGCGCCUGGGCGCGCAUGGAAUUUUCCACCGCGCAGCGAGGCUGCGGCGCCGCGAGUCGCCUUGGCCCGGCGAGCGGGGGCGUGGGCCCCGCGUGGCUGCGGAGAUGCGAUUAGCCGGGCAGUCCUCCUCCGUGGGCUCUGCAAGUAAACCAGGGUCUGUGGGCCUUGAGAAGAUGUCAGAACCACUAGACUACGCGGCUGUUCCCCUCCCUCUUCAUGUCCCAGGAGGCUGCAGACCCACAUCCGUCUUGGAGCCCAUGUUCCACACACCACCCAGGAGUGCUGAAAGAAGCAGUGGCUUUCUUCUGGGAAGCUGCACCACCCUCAUUUCCCAACCCUGGACCAUGCUCACUCAAAAGUUCCCAGGUUACUCUCUACCACCCUCGCUUGGGCUCUGGUUCGUGGUAGCCCUCGCUCUUCCGGUCUCCACCAUCCUCUUCCCAGGGCCUCACACUGGAGAGACAGAGUAAACCUGGACAAUUCCCUUUUGCCUGCAAAUUGGCCUUUCUCCGCCUGUGAAUAGACCACCUCUUUCCACUGUAAUAUGUUCUUUCUCCAUCCUCAAGGAAGCGACAGUAUCAGUGGGCAGCUGAUCACAACCUCAAGUUCGCUUAAAUGGUUUGCACUCUGAGAUGACAGUAAGAAUACACACUCUAGAUUAUCUACUCACUCUACCACUGAGCUAA